AUGACUUCUGACUCUAUACCUGAACAACAAGCACCUGCCACUAGUGGUUCGUAUGAUUCUAAUCCUGUCAAGGAAUCAUUUCAACAAGAUAUCAAAAUCAUUAAACGUAAAUUGAAUGGAUAUGUUGGAUUUGCAAACUUACCAAAACAAUGGCACAGAAAAUCUGUUAGAAGAGGUUUCACUUUAAAUAUUAUGGUUGCUGGUGAAAGUGGAUUAGGGAAAUCUACUUUAAUCAAUACACUUUUCAAUCGUGAAAUUUUAAAAUCUGAAUUAGAAGAAGAAGAUUUAUCAUCUGGAUCUAAAUUUGUUCAAAUUAAGAACACCAAUGCUACCAUCGAAGAAGACGGAGUCAAGCUUAAAUUGAAUGUUAUUACAACUCCAGGAUUUGGUGAAGCUGUGAAUAAUACUGAUUCAUGGAAACCAAUUGUCGAAGAAGUAAACCAAAGAUUUGAUCAAUAUUUGGAAGCUGAGAGUAGAAUAAACCGUUCAACUGUUGAAGACAAUAGAAUCCAUGCUUUUCUUUACUUUAUUGAGCCAACUGGUCAUUCAUUGAAUGCAUUGGAUAUUACUUUAAUGAAACAAAUUCAUGAAAAAGUGAAUUUAAUCCCAGUUAUUGCUAAAUCUGAUACAUUAACUGAUGAAGAAAUUGUUGAAUUUAAACAAAGAAUUCUUAAUGAUAUCAAAUACCAAAACAUCAAGACUUUUAAACCACUUGAUUAUGAUAAUGAUGAUGAGGAAACUCUUUUAAAUACCAGACAAAUAAUGGAUAAACUUCCAUUUGCAGUGGUUGGAUCUACCAAAGAAGUUAAAACUUUGGAUGGCAGAGUUGUUAGAGGAAGAAGUUAUCCAUGGGGUGUAAUUGAAGUCGACAAUGAAGAACAUUGUGAUUUUAUAAAAUUACGUCAAUUAUUGGUUAGAAAUUUCAUGGAAGAGCUUAAAGAACAUACUUCAAAUGUUUUAUAUGAAAAAUAUAGAACUGAAAAAUUAAGUGGGAUGGGAAUUGAACAAGAUCAAAGUGUGUUCAGAGAAUUUGAUCCAUUAGCUAGACAAGAAGAAGAAAAGGCAUUACAUGAAGCCAAAUUAGCUAAAAUGGAAGCUGAAAUGAAAACAGUUUUCCAACAAAAGGUUAGUGAAAAGGAAAAGAAAUUGCAAAGAUCAGAAGCUGAUUUAUUUUCAAGACAUAAGGAAAUGAAAGAUAAAUUAUCUAAACAAAUCAAGUUAUUAGAAGAUAAAAAGGCUCAAUUAGAAAAGCAAAAAUCUUUACCACAAGAACCUCCUGCACCAAUUCCACAAAAAACCCGUAAGGGAUUUUUACGUUAA